GGUUUUCCCCCACCCAGAGCCCACCCGUUCGAUAUAUUUACAUAUACGAAUGCAUAACAAUCAGCAUUUACCAAAGAACAAUCGGAAUACCCUCAGAAUCUCCAGAAUUUCGACCCCAACUCCACUGAAUCCUCAAUUACUCAACAUAAAAUAGCGAAAAUGAAUCGAAUAAUGAAAGCUCUGUCGAGUAAAGAGACUCGAGAAUAUUUCCUGAGCACACACUUCUGGGGCCCAGUGGCAAAUUGGGGAAUCCCCAUAGCAGCUAUUGCUGAUAUCAAUCGAGACCCCAAUUUUAUCAGUGGGAAGAUGACUGUUGCACUUUGUUUAUACUCUGCCAUGUUCAUGCGGUUCUCCCUGAGAGUUCAGCCCAGGAAUCUUCUCCUCUUCGCCUGCCAUUUCACCAAUGAGGGGGCACAGCUGACGCAGCUGUACAGAUUUAUCAAUUAUCAUUACUUGGGGGGGAAGAAGGACGAGGAGAAAGAGUGAUGAGAUGGGGGAUUCGGUUAUCUGGCAAUUGCCACUGUCAUGCACCACCUCGAUGCACUUCUGGGCAUCGAAUGUUUCAAAGUUAGACGGUUUUGUAAAUAUAUACAAAUGUUCAAUAUUUA